AUUUCCAUCGUUCCAGGUUAUAAAGUCUCCACCACCCUCUGGGACGCAGAUUCUCCUCAUACCCUAAGAAUGAGGAUCACGGCGCCAGGAACCCUCCUCCUGCUGCUGUCGGGGGCCCUGACCCUGACCGAGACCUGGGCGGGCUCCCACUCCAUGAGGUAUUUCUACACCGCCGUGUCCCGGCCCGGCCGCGGGGAGCCCCGCUUCAUCGCCGUCGGCUACGUGGACGACACGCAGUUCGUGCGGUUCGACAGCGACGCCGCGAGUCCGAGGGUGGAGCCGCGGGCGCCGUGGGUGGAGCAGGAGGGGCCGGAGUAUUGGGAAGAGCAGACGCAGAGCAUCAAGGACCACGCACAGAGUUUCCGAACGAGACUGAACACCGUCCGUGGCUACUACAACCAGAGCGAGGCCGGGUCUCACACCCUCCAGUGGAUGUAUGGCUGCGACGUGGGGCCGGACGGGCGCCUCCUCCGCGUGUACGGGCAAUCCGCCUACGACGGCGCCGAUUACCUCGCCCUGAACGAGGACCUGCGCACCUGGACCGCGGCGGACGCGGUGGCUCAGAUCUCCAAGCGCGAAUGUGAAGCGGCCGGUGGGGCGAAGUACUGGAAGAACUACCUGGAGGGCACGUGCGUGGAGCGGAUCCUCAGAUAUCUGGAGAACGGGAAGGAGAUGCUGCAGCGCGCGGAUCCCCCAAAGACACAGGUGACCUACCACCCCAUCUCUGACCAUGAGGUCACCCUGAGGUGCUGGGCCCUGGGCUUCUACCCUGCGGAGAUCACCCUGUCCUGGCAGCGUGAUGGAGAGGACCUGACCCAGGACACGGAGUUUGUGGAGACCAGGCCUGCAGGGGACGGGACCUUCCAGAAGUGGGUGGCUGUGGUGGUGCCUUCUGGAGAGGAGCAGACAUACACAUGCCGUGUGCAGCACGAGGGGCUACCUGAGCCCGUCACCCUGAGAUGGGAGCCACUGCCUCAGCCCACCAUUCCCAUCAUUUGCCUCAUUGCUGGCCUGGUUCUCCUUGGAGCUGUGGUGGCUGGAGUUGUGAUGUGGAUGAAGAAGUGCUCAGGUGGAAAAGGAACAAGCUAUGUUGUGGCUGCAAGCAGUGACAGUGCCCAGGUCUCUGAUGUGUCUCUCAAGGCAGAGUGAAACAGCUGCCUGUGGGGGACAGAGUGAUGCAAGAUUUGUUCCUGUCCCACCCCCAUUGUGACUUCAGGAAUCUCUGACUUCUGUAUCUGCAAAGGGCAUCUGAGGGUGUCUGUGUUCCUAUUAGCAUAACGUGAGCAGCUAAGGAGACUAGUCUCCCCCAUGACCCCCUCCCACACUGCCCUGUGUUCUGUCCCCUGAUUGACUUUCCUGUCCCGGCAGAGGUGGGGCUGGUUCCAUCCCUGUCUUAACUUCAUGUUGCACUGAGCUGCAACUUCUUAUUUUCCCAUUGAAAAUAAGCAUCUGGAUAAGAACUUAUUUUUUCAGAUUUUUGCCAUCAGCGAUUGGUGGGUUAAUUAAAGGAGAAGAUUCCUAAAA